AUAAAAUGCAAAUCGAAAAUUAGAGUACUGAAAGAAAAAUAAAAACAAAUAGCGCUAACGAUAGUUAAAAAAGCGUUUCAUCCAAAAAUAACUUAAAUAAUUAAGCCUUCUUUAAUGUCGAAAAUUAAAAUUAAAAAUUGAUUGUAGAUUUAACUUUUAAGAUAGGGAUCAUACUUAAUUAACUCAAAAGGAAUGGAAGUUAUCAUGCCAUAGUUUAAAUAGUUAAAGGAAUUUGAAGACUUAAGACCUAAAGCAAUUAAAAAAUAAUUAUCAGAUCCUUUUGAAUAGAGAAUGAGUUUGUUAAAAAAUGAGUUAGAAGAUGAUCAACCAUAAGAUCAAUUAGGAUCCAUAAUUCAUUAACAUUCUAAUAUAAGUGAAUCUACAUUUAUGCAUUAACUAUUAAUUUAAGAAUAAUUAAAAGAAGUCUCAUGCUAAUUUUAAAAUGACUAUUUUGUUCAAUUCUUAGAAAAACCAGACAAGGAUGAUUAUAAAAAAAGAGCAGAAAUUCUAGCUAAAGUCUAUAUGAAAAAUAAUUUACAAUAGGAAAGACACAAAGUAGAAGAAGAGUUGAAAAUUAAUUAAGUAUCAUUUCAAACUUAUAUAAGUAAUUUACAGAGGAGAAUGACGAGUAAGAUCGCUCUAUGAAUAUUAUUGUCCAUAAAAAUCUGACUGGUUUCUAUUAGAGAUAGGAUAGCAUAGAGUAAGACAAUAAUGAAUAAACUUAAGAAAUCAUAUCAAGAAUUGAUUAAUUAUACUUUUAAUUAUGUUAAUCAAUAGAAUAAAGGAUAUAUGAGCUAUAUUAAAAUGAUUAAAUAGAUGAAUGUAUUAUUUGGAAAGAAAGGAAGGAAAAUUUAGAAACAGACAUUUCAAAUGUUAAAGAUAAUGGAUAACUGUUGUAAAUUAUUGAGUUAUUUAAAUUUCACUAUAAUUUGUGA